AUGGAGGAUUUAAGUAUCCUAAAGAAGCAAGAACGCCAGCUGCGAGCCUCCAUCAAGGGAGUGGCUAAUUUCGUGCGGGAUUAUAAGCAAGAGCUUCAUGAAUCCCAGAUUGAAGUCAGAUUGUGUCUGUUAGAGUCGACAAUGAAAAAGUUUUACCUAGUGCGACAAAAAGUUGAAGUGCAUUUGGAUAUUGCAGACAGUGAUGGUGAGAAAGAGGAUGCAAAGGAGUCAGAGGCUGCCAAGAAACGGAGAUUGCAGAAGCAGGCUGCGGAGCGCGAAGCCAAAUUCGACGAGGAAACUCUGGAGGUCGAAGAGCAGUACUGCACCCUGAAAGCAGCACUCCUUGCGUUGCGUCCGAGGAAGGUUGAAGUCUUGAGUGCGUCUGGGCCUACAGAAAGAGCUGAUACAAUCUCCCGUGUCAAGCUGCCGGACAUCAAGCUGCCAGUUUUUGACGGAAAACUUCGAGAUUGGAUUCCGUUCCGGGAUAUGUUUGACAGCUUGAUCCACAACAACCAUCAACUCUCCGAUAUCGAUAAAUUUACUUAUCUGCGGUCAGCGAUAAGCGGAGAAGCACUCCAGGAGAUCAGCUCCAUUGAACUGUCCGCUGAUAACUACCAGGUAGCCUGCGACAUAUUGGAAAAGAGGUACGAGAACAAAAAGUUGAUCGUGAAGGCGUAUUUGGACACGCUGUUUGGAAUCGAGCCUCUGAAGAAGGAAAGCGGCGAAGCUUUAAAUCACCUGGUCAGUUAUUUCGAUCGUAAUAUUCAAAUGCUGGGCAAGAUAGGAGAGGACACCGAUAAGUGGUCGACACUGUUAGCAUACAUGGUGUGCACUCGCCUAGAUUCAGUCACACUUCGUCAGUGGGAGAGUCACCACAAUUGCAAAGACGUGCCGACAUACCAGAAAGUGAUGGACUUUCUGAGAGAUCAAGCGUUGGUUCUGCAAUCGAUUGUGCCGAGCAGGCAUGAAGACACCGAGAUUCGUCGACAGCGGACAACAGUACAUACUUCGUCAAGAUUCCAGAACAACUGUGUGUUCUGUGGAAAUUCGUUUCAUCCAGCUUCUGCGUGCAGCAAAUUUAGAGCUAUGUCGGUGACUCAGCGUUUUGAAGUGGUUAAGAUGAAGCGGCUCUGCAUCAAUUGUUUGGGUUCCGGUCACUAUGCGGAUCGUUGUAGCAAAGGACCAUGUCGCAAGUGUAAAUUUUUGGACGAUGGUCCAACCCUGCAAGAAACUGAGUUUGGAUGGGUCGUCUCCGGGAGAGUUCCGGAUAGUUCCGUUGAAACUGUUGCGUAG